AUGAGCUCUGCCGGCCUGACUGACCGCCAGCAUUCAACCUCAGUCCACCACAGCGCCAAGAGCGCGCAGCAAGUCUCCGAAAUGGCAGUCUACUGUGACAACUACAAUAUGUACCGCCAGCAGAACUUACACAGCUCGCAGAGAGCGCCAGGCUACGCUCUCGGGGAAUACCACGGACCCAGCAACCCGUACCUCUGGAUCAACGGGCCCGGGAGCAACACCUCUCCGCAUUACCUGCACGGGAGCAGCUCCGGCUCCUUCGUGCCCCCUGCCUACGGGACGCAAAAACAGUUCUUGCCCGGCUCGCCCGGCUUCGCCGGCACCGACCUGAGCUGGCUCUCUCUCACCAGCCAAGAGGAGCUUCUCAAGCUGGUCAGACCGCCCUACUCAUACUCCGCACUCAUCGCCAUGGCGAUUCAGAAUGCCCCCGAGAAGAAGUUGACCCUGAGCCAAAUCUACCAGUACGUGGCCGAGAACUUCCCGUUCUACAAGAAGAGCAAGGCUGGUUGGCAAAACUCCAUCCGGCACAACUUAUCCCUGAACGACUGCUUCAAGAAAGUGCCGAGAGACGAGGACGACCCAGGGAAGGGAAACUACUGGACCCUGGACCCCAACUGCGAGAAAAUGUUCGACAAUGGCAACUUCCGCAGGAAGAGAAAACGGAGGACUGAUCCCAAUUCAGGGAUCGGCGGCUCGCUCGCCGGUAAGGGUCAGGAUGCCGCUGCGGCGCCGGGAGUGAAAAUCCCGGAGAGCCCGUCCCUGUUGCUUGAAGCCACCUCGCCGGACCUGGAUCACUCCCGGGGCUCGGCUGAGGAACAAAAACCAUCAACCCCGUCCUCCAGCCCGUGUCUGAACGGGUUCUUCAACAGUAUGUCAUCGAUGAGCAGCGGGGCGCUCACUAGACAGAUGUCGAUGGGACUGGCCAGCGACUUGCCCCAGAGAAACGUGGCGGCACUCGGGUCCUUCUCGUCCAACGGCGGUCUACCCUCGCAGGACGUGGGCGAUGUCACGGACGUUUGCCACUUAACCCGCUCCGGUUAUUAUAGCUCCUUCACCGGGGGACAGGCAAACCAAUUCAGCAGCCACUUCUACAACAACUUCAGCGUCGACAGUCUGAUCUAUCCCCGGGAAGGCACUGAGACCUGA